UGUAUAAAAUGGCAAAAGUUAACAGACUACUCUUAUACGUAUCUUAUCCAUGCAAAUAUUGAGACUAACGCUGGCGAUGCGCGUGUACUUGUUCAAGCAACAACAGACACUGUUAAUAUAAGCUACGCAUGUAACCCUUCCCAGGGUCUGCCCACAACAGUAGAAACAGUUGUUAUAGUUAAAAAAGAUUACAUCCAAAAUGCAACACAGAAUUGCCCAACACCAUUCUUGGGAAGCUUUAACUAUACUUUCAAUGACGGCUCGACAACAUAUUGUGAUGGCACAAGUGUCUGGGAUGUUUGCUCAGAUAGAACUCAGAUGGUGGUCAAUUACACUCUGUGCUCAACACAACAAUUUUACUCAAGCGGUGGUGUGGGGUACUGUGCCUAUUCUACUUCCGUUGGAAGUACUUAUUACGUCACAGUAAUAAAUGCCGAUACAAGUGUGGAUUUCUCAUCAACAUACCGAUUUACAUGCUAUGCUGUUACAACUUCCGGUGGGAAAGUAGUCGCAAGUGACAACAAAGGGGCGUGCGGACAAAGUCAAUCACCCACAACCAAAAUGUCUACAGGCGCGGGAACAUUAGAAUUCGUUUCUUAUGAAACAUGUCCCUUCACCUCUCCUACCUCCUCAGAGAGCUCUAGCAAUAUAGGUAUUAUUGCCGGGGCCGUGGGGGCGGUUCUAGGUAUUGCUAUAAUAGCCGCAGUGGGGAUCGUCAUAUAUAAAAAAUUUAAACCCAAAAUAAACCCCAGAGAACAAAGUGACGAAGAGAAAGUACAGCCACCAGACCCAGCUGUGACCCCUAGGGAUGCCACUGUAAUAGAACCCCCAUCAGAUAAACCAAACACUCUCCCUCCUUUACAAAAAUAGUUCUCAACUAUCCAACCAGGAGGUCAUCCCUCUAAUGAAGCAGAGGAAAUCCGGGCCGCACAUUGCCAAAAACAGAAGUAUUAAUUUGGUGUUGGACAUCAACUGUUUCUGAAACUGUGAUCCAUCAUUUAAACCAGUAUUUAAUUAAUGAUUUAUGUUUACUAAUUUAUGUGAUAUAUUGGUGUUGUAUGACAUUUAAUGAUGCUAUUUUACUUUAAAAAGUAAUAAGGCAUACAGACUCCGAGAGUUUAUAAAUUGUAUGUUUGCUUGUUAUGAAACGUGAAUGAGAAGAGCUUGUUUUCUUAUUAAAUCUUGCUGAAACAUGUUUAUGUGCAAGACAAGUGCUAACUUUAUUGUAUUUAUUAAAGAUUUAUUGCC